UAUAGAUCUUGUGUUUCAUUACAGGAAUAUGAUUGAAAACAUUAAUUGUUUGGAUAAGAUGGUAAAUGGGAUUGCCAAUGAUAUCGAUUUUGAAAAAUUACUCAGUAUUUUGGAUUUUCCCAUGGAGAGUUUGGAAGGAGAUGGAUUAUAUGGAGAUUGGGAUGCUGAUAAGUCACCAUGCUCUGGGCCUAUUCCUUUGGAUGCAUUAAUGGGAUUCCCACCGAGUCCUCAAGGAAAAAUCGGCCAUGCUUCCCUGCCGAAAUCUAUUGCUUCUCCUUUAGAGAUUAAUGGAACUCCAGAGCAAAAACCAUUGACAUAUAUUGAAGACACCUCUAACACAAGUAAUCUCAAUCAAAAUCAACCGGGCGCCUUCCAGACACAGAGCCCGAGUUCUGUGCUUGAAAGCAGUGGCUCAUACUCAGUUGAAAAGGGUUUAAUUCUCAAAUCCAACAUCGUCAUUCCAAGGCGAACCAGAUCCAAGCAACGUAAAUCCAGGACUAGAAGCUCAUGGAUUCUUAUGCCUUCCAUAUCUUCUGCCUCUAAGCGGAGUCCAACUUCUCGGAAAAACAGAGAGGCAAAGAGGAAGAAAUCGUCGCAGAUGCCAGUCGCAGUGGAAUCCAUAAAUAAAAAGUGCACACAUUGUGAAGUGACAGAGACACCACAAUGGAGGGAGGGACCAAUGGGACCAAAGACUCUAUGCAAUGCAUGUGGUGUACGGUACCGAUCAGGACGUCUAUUUCCUGAGUACCGUCCUGCAGCAAGUCCAACAUUUGUCCCGUCUCUGCACUCAAACUCCCAUAAGAAGGUCAUAGAAAUGAGAAACAAAAGUAAACAGCCGGUAAUGGAAGUCGAGGACCUCUGGUAUUUCCAUGAGUAGUUAGGGGAUUGAUUCGAGUUCUUUGCUUUGAACCUCUUCACAUCGUUCUUUUUCCCGACAAGGAUAGGGGACGUUUGCCAUUGUGGCAACUCAUAGUUGAUUCAUGUAAAUAGAUACUGGUCAUUUGCCAUUGUGGCAACUCGUAGUUGAUUCAUGUACAUAAACAAAACUUAGUCGAGAUUACGCAAUAAUAGUUGAAGAAUGAUAGGGCGUGCAUAUUUGCUAGAUUAGCAUGAAGUAACAGUAGGAACCAGGUCGCAAGGGAUGUUAAAUAUUUGCUAUUUCAUUAUAUUUUCUCUCAUAUUUGUUUCUUUUGGCGGUAGCAACGGUUUGUGGUUUAUUCAUUUGGAGUGCAGGAAAUAUGAAUUGUUCCCUAAUUAGACAGUUGAAUUGAGUCGAGCUUCUAUAUUUCUCCCCAGUCAAGUCAAAAUGUCAACGCUGGAAAAAUAAUCUCUCAAUUCAGUUGACAAUCUUACUGAAGUAUUGAUUGAAAGGAAUGCCAAAGGGAGUAAACCCAAUUCUACAUGUACAAGCACAAUGAAAAUUAUUUAUUACUUCAAACGCGAGAGUUUUUACAAUGCCAAGUACUGCCAUUAGUCACAAGUGAGGCAACUAAAGCCGAGAUCUACCAGAGCACACCAUACACGGUAUGUAAGUGAAACCCAAAUUGGGUACACUUAAAAAUUUGAUUUGUCAGUUACAUCAAUAACAGAACUAUUCAAUCACACUAUUAUAGGUGACUAAUUGCCAAAGAAGGAAAAGGAAAUAAAAUUUAAAACCCACUUUCCCCACAGAAAAACACAAGCAUUAUGGGCUAUCAAAUGUCCUAAAGGUAAGAAAAACUUAAAGGAUAUUGUUAGCUUAUUUGCUAAUGCUAAUCUCUUUACCCUUCUCCUGUAAAAAAAAAAAAAAAAAAAAAAGGUUCAAUUCCAUGCAGUAACUUUGUAUCUCCUACAGAAUCAUCAUUUUGCAAUGGUUUUUAUGCAAUUUGGGUGACUAGUUGACCAAAAUACCUGAUUUAUUUGCACUCUCUAACAAAAAUCAUGAAGUAAAUUGAUAUUGCCUCCUCUGUCCUUGUUAAAUGCCAUCUUCAUCCCUUUCCGGGAAAGUAGGAAUGCUUUUGAGAGAGCUUAAUUGAGCACUUGGUGAUAUUUUCAUUAAGUUAUUAGUACCAUCUAAAUUUUAAGCAAUCCACAACCCCUGAGCUCAUGACCACUCCAUUCAUUGGUAAACCUUAGUUUCUUAGUCGACCAUGAGCUUAGCAAUCUCAUAAUUUUAAUUCGUACCUUAAACUUUCAUGCAAUGACUUAAUAAAGCCAUGUUGUUGAAUUACCAUAUUUCAACCUCAAAUCUCCUUGGGGGGGAGGGGGAGAGAGAGAGAAUAAAAUAAAACCUUGUGUAUACAUUAAAAUAUAUAAUGAUCUAUUUGAAUUUAAACUGUUCAACUCAAGUAAAAUAUUAUGAUCCGUUUGGCAAAGUUUAUAAAUGAUCAAACUUUAUUUUCAACAAUACAUUCCAAUGGAUUCUCAAGUAUUAUACACUUAUUCACCAAUCAUUUGUAUCUAUUUAUAUAUUAACCAUUCAUAGAUUCUUCCCAAAUGGAGAGUUGAAAGGGUGAACUUACAGAGGUUUAGUUGUAGUGCGGCUCAAGAAAUACACUAGAAUACAAUAAUAAGAACCUAUAUAUACUAACACAAAACAAUGAGAAUUACAUAUCGUUUGUCCUUGAUAACUCUCAAAAUCCAAGGAUAGUAUGACUACUUAAAACCGCUUAAGGGUUCAUAUCAUAUCAAUUCAUGUAGCAAGUGAUCAUAGUGAAAAGAGAUAAUAUCAAUCAAGAGUGCCAUGACUGAUGACCCAACGCUUCCCGUCUGCUCACUGACUCACCACAUGUAGCAUGUGAAAUUUGAGGUGUAGGGUACAGCAUGGACGCCAUUCACAGUUUACAAUUACACUACUCAUCCAAAUUGUAAAAGGAAAUAAAUUACCAAAAAAGAAAAAAAUUAAUAUUAAAAUUAAAAUGUCUACUCCAACUUUGGCUAAUCAGGUGCCCAUCAUUAUGUGUAUCUUCAUACUUGCUCUACCAAAUAGCAUCAGAGUAAAUGAAUACAACCAUGUAUCCCCUCGAAUAUUAUCUAGGAUUAUGUUCAUUAAAUUCGCUACAAAAUCUUAUCUUUUACCAACCUCUGACCUGUGUGUCCCAUGACCACUUUCUUGUUAGUUACCCUUGAAUUCGUCAAUUAUCUUAGGCUCGAAAUCAAAAACUACUCAUGCAAAAGGGAAAAUGAAAUAAACAUCAACAUAUCAGUUUUCUUAAAGAUGACGCAGACAAUUAUAAUCUUUGGCUUGAGUUCAGGUGACUAGUUGCUCGGUGUUACCAGUUGUGAAUGCCAUCUUUAACAAUUAUUGAAGUGUACAGUCAAAAUGAUCAAAAAAAUGUAAACAGUUGCCACCAUAGAUCAGUGAAGAGGUACCUUCGAAAAUCAUUUUUUCUGAAGCACUUUUUUGUAUUCGUUAAGUUAAUUGCAUAACCUGAACUUUUCACCAAUCCAUGACCCCAAAAUCAAUUACCACUUUUUAUGUUCUUAAUCCUUCAUUGUUUUAAUCUAGCCUUCAGCUCGAAAAUUUUGAUGUUUUGAAUUUGCGAUUAUCCUACAAUCAGAUAUCUACAAGAAAAACAAUCUUUAUUUCCACUUCCAUUAAAGUACAGUAUUAUUCAAAUUCUCCCUUGCCCUAAUUCCAAAUUCCACAGCACAUACUAAUUCGACAAUUCCAGAGAAAUAAACACACAAUCGAAAAAUCCAAAACAAUCACCCAAAAAUUUACUUACUACAACAUAUGAAAAUCCAUAGAACACUAUGAAACUUCAAUUACGACCAAUCCACACACGAGAGUACCCAUACGUAUAAACACAUAAAGGAGGGUUAAGAGGGUGAAAUUACUAAGGUUUAGUUGUAGUAGAGCUCAAGGCCCAUGCCGUCAUGGAUCUCAUAAUCCUUGAGAGUGAUGUGGUCCUUGUAGAUAUUGUACCACUUCUGGAUUCGGAUCUUGUCGGCCCGGGUUCCAGUCUGAGCCGCGACCAGCUUCUUCAGAUCGCCGAUUGUAUCAUCCUCGUUGCACUUCACUC